AUGAAUAAGAAUAAACCUAGUUCUAAGAGCCUAUCUGCAUAUGUUGAUUUAUAUUUUCCAAAUGUUGCCAUUUCGCUAGUUCAUAGCCUUCUUGUAUUUUUAUCUUAUUUUAUCAACAACUUCCUGUUCAAUUGCUACUAUCUUGUUGUUUCCAAGACCUUCUUCUCCCUAUUUAAGUGCCUAAACAACCUCUACACAGGCAACCUGUAUUUUCUGACAAAGUGGUUAGAAUACUCUGUAUCAUAUUUUGUUGUAUUCACAUGGCUUCGAAGAUAUUCCUCCAAAUUUGAUGGAUACGCGUUUCAUCAUCUUUUCCAUUACCGAUAUGGAAUCAUAAACUUCAAGGAUAUGAUAUCCAGAGUUCUAGGAACUCUAAGCGCCGCAUCAUUUUUCGGAUAUUUAUAUCAAAAGUACUUUAAUGUAAAUAAUAAUGCCUACAACUCCAGCCUAAAGAAAACAUUGUACAAAAUGCUGGAAUCAAACACAUGCCACACACUAAUGGAAUGGCUGGUAUAUUCAAACUUUAAAAAAAGCGAAAGGAACUCUUUCACAAGAAAGUUUUUAUCUGGAUUAUUAGUACUGCCCUCACUUAAAUACGAGGAUCGAUAUUAUGAUUUGGCCGAGAAGUACGUAGCUUUACUUUUCGAGUAUUUCGUUGUAGAAUUCACAUUCUCGUUAUUCCUAUACACUCUUUCGUACUUAUUCUUAAGAUCUAGAACAACACCAAAGGCGAAUAUGAUGCUAAACACCAUAAUUAGGGGAGUUUUCGUGACAUGCGGGAAUUUGUUUUUGAGUAAGCUGGAAGGUUUGUUUUAUAAAAAUAAUUGUUGUUCAGGAAAAGUAACUCUAGAUGAAUCGAAAUCACUGGUUUUAUUUUUCGAGGAAAGGAACGUUCUUUUACUACUAGUAAGGAUUACCUCAAGCCUUCUUGCAGCAUAUCUUAUUCCACUAUUUCUCCCAAUGCCAAGUAUAAUGUGCCUAAGAUCAUACAAGGAUCUGUUCCCUAACACAUCGCUAGAGGGCAAAUUGUACAGAACAGACUUAUGUGGUAGUUUCUAUGUAAGAAAUGAAGGGGAUCUAAAGGGUGAUGUUUCUAACAGCAAAUGGCCUGAAAGCAGCCUAGGAAGUCUAUUUUCUAAAUUAGAAGAGUAUCUAGAUAAAAAACUAAGCCAUAAAAAACAAACAGAUAAGAGAAUAGAUUAUCGUAACUGA